AUGGGCAAAUCCCACAAACCCUCCGGCGCCGCCAACCUAGCCUCCUGCCUCAUCGCCGCCGUUUUCCUCAUAGCCCUCCUAGUCGCCGCCGCCGCCGUCUACUUCACCGUCUUCAAGCCCAGGUCCCCGCGGAUCUCCGUCAACGCCGUCCAGGUCCCGGCCUUCUCCGCCGCCAACUCCACCGCCACAUUCAACUUCUCCCAGUACAUCACCGUCCGCAACCCCAACCGCGUCGCCCUCGCCCACUACGGCAGCGCCCUCCACCUCCUCCGCGGCGGCGCCCAGGUGGGGCUCCUCUUCGUACCCGCCGGAAGUAUCGCCCCCCACGGGGCGAUUUACAUCGCCGCCACGUUUUCCGUCCGGUCUCUGCCGAUGAUGGCGGGUUCGGGCCGGCCCGAGAGCGUGGCCCCGGAUGGGUUGGGCGGGUUCGGGUCGUCCGGGCCGAGCAUCGAGCUGGAGACCCGACUGGAGAUGGCGGGUCGGGUGCGUUUCCUGCAUUUUUUCGCGCACCACGUGGAGUCGAAGGUUGAGUGUACGGUGGAGAUUGGUGCUAGCGAUGGAUCUGUUUUGGGCCUCCAUUGUUAUAAGUAA